AUGAUCCCCGACCACUACGCCGUCCUCGGCGUCUCUCCCACGGCGACGUCGUCGGAGAUCAAGCGCGCGUACCUCAGGCUCGCCAAGGAGCACCACCCCGACGUCGCGUCGUCGGGACGUUCGGACGACCAAACCUUUGCCUUGAUAUCCCACGCGUACGACGUGCUGAAGAACCCAGCGUCGAGGCGCGCGUACGAUGGGUCGAGAGGCGACGUCGCGUCGUCGUCGUCCGCGCGCGCGAGCGGCGCGGGCGGCGCGGAGGCGUGGCGCGCGCAGUGGAGGUCGAACGCGAACUGGCGACGACGACCGGGCGGCGACGGCGCGGGCGGGACAAAGUCGAAUUCGUACGCGUUCGACGACGACGAGGACUGGGAUGGGAACACGUCGUAUACCGCGGCUGAGGUCGAGCGAAGGAACGCGAGCGAGCGGACGCGGGCGCGGGAGAAGGCGGACGCGGCGAGGUGGUGGAAGCACGAACGGUUGAGCGCCGAGCGGCGACGACGACAGUUUCGAGAAGCGGACGCGGCGAAAACAGCGAGGCGUAGCGAACGCACGCUGCAUAAAGUUUCAAGUUUAUGGCACGCGCGCGCGAGGGUGGUUUGGCAGGAUGUCGCCGUGCUCGCCGUCGGCGCGGCGGUGUGUCUGUACGCUGGGUUCAGAUACGCCGGCGCCGGUGCGCGGAAUGGUGGCGAACGCGAACGCGAACGCGGCGACGAUCGUUCGUGA